GGCAGCCAGCCCGUCUGCAACAUGUCCGGGGACUCGUUCCUACAAACCCUGCUGAAUACCUCGCGCGGCUAUGCGCAGAUUAUUCUGACCCCUGCGCUCAUUGAAUGGCGACAACUUUUGAUCUACGCUGGAGCUCUCUUCCUGGCGUACAAAGUCAGUCGAGGGAUUUAUUCCGUGUACUUCUCCCCUCUCGCGAGCAUCCCAGGGCCCAAACUCGCCGCCUUGACGCAUUUGUACGAAUCGUACUACGAGAUCGUUCUUGGCGGGCAAUACUUCAAGCGUGUCGCGGAACUACACCGGAUAUACGGGCCCGUCGUGCGCGUCACGCCCAAUGAAGUCCAUUUCAACGACCCCGAGUUCAUCGAUAUGGUCUAUCCCAGCCCCGCCCGAAAGACCAACAAGCCUCUCUGGUUUGCGCAAAGAACGGGAACACCCUACUCGAUUGUAUCCACCCCCGACCACGAUCUCCACCGCCGCCGCCGCAAUGCCCUCAAUUCGUUUUUCUCCGUCGCCAGCAUCCGUCGACUCGAGCCCAUCAUGAAAAAGUACAUGGGUAUCAUGGUCGCGCGGAUGGAGGAAGCCGGCAAGUCUGGGGGCAUCAUGCACAUGCACCAUGUGUUCAAGGCCUGCGCGAGCGACGUGAUUACAGUCUACGCCUUUGGCGAGUGCUUUGGCUUCAUGGAUCGACCGGACUUUGGGCGUUCAUUCUUCGAAUCCACCGAUGUCUUUUUCUACCUCACUCAUAUCUUCGGGCUGGUACCGUGGCUGGUGCACUAUGUGCAGAACAUGCCGUCGUGGCUGGUCAAAAUGCUGCUGCCGUCGUUGAGUGAGCUCCGCGAUCGACAAGAUUGGUGGAUUGCCAAGGUGCGCGAAAUCCGAGCCUCUCCGAACCCGGAGCGAGUCAAAAGCACCAUCUUCGAGGGGAUCUUGAACAGCUCGUUACCGCCCGAGGAGAAGACGGAUGAACGACUGGCGAGUGAAGCCCAGCUGGUUGUGUUUGCUGGCGAGGGGACAACUGCAUACACCCUAACCUGCUGCCUAUACCAACUCCUCGCGCAUCCCGACGAAGUCCACAAACUCAAACAAGAACUCACCCAGGCCGUCCCCGAUCCGAACCACAUUCUCCUCCACCAAGUCGACAGUCUCCCGUACCUCAACGCCAUCAUCCAAGAAGCCGUCCGUCUCCACCCAGGCGUCAUGGCCCGACAGGUCCGUAUCUCCCCGGAGGUCCCAGUCAUCUACACCGACAAAGAAAAGGGCCAGACCUACGUGGUGCCCCCCAACACGGUGACCAGCAUGUCCCCCCUGGAUAUCCAUAUGCACCCGGCGGCAUUUGGUCCGGAUGCGUACGCGUUCCGACCGCAGCGCUUCAUCGAUGACCCGAAACUCGUCCGCUACUUUAUUGGAUUUUCACGUGGCGCGAGGAAUUGUGUUGGAAUGACUCUCGCUCGUCGCGAAAUGGCCAUCAUUCUGGCUACGCUGUUUCUUAAAUAUGAUGUCUAUAAUGGCCAGCCCGGCCAGGGUCCGACGCUGGAGCUGUAUGAUACGCAGCGGGCGAGGGAUAUUGAUGCGAAUAGCGACUAUAUUAUCCCGGUUCCGGCGAAGGGGAGUGAAGGGCUACGGGUGAAGAUUCGGAACUAGUGCUGAUGGCUACGCUGGGGGAUGAGAAUAACAGCGGGAGAGGAU